CGAGGGUGUAACGGUGAAUCGAGGCACGGGUGGCAAGAUGAUAAGUUUGGCGAAGUAUUCGACCGUCAGCUUGCUAUUAAGCAUUGCUGUAGUGUACCAUGCAUAUCAAACGCGGGAACAGUUUUACCCGGCCAUGCUGUACCUGGCCACGUCGAAGAUCUGUGUGGUUGUUCUGGGGAACAUGGCGUUUGUCCUGACAAUCUUGUUUUGGCAUCUUCUGAAGAAGAUAUUUCUUGGGAAUCUCCGAGAAGCAGAGGUGGAAAGGCUGCAGGAGUUGUUGCGCCAUGAAACGAUGGAGACCUGUUUGGCUAUGACGAUCUUCAGGGGCGAUUUCAACGCCUCGUUCGUGGCCAUGUUCACGGCGCUUCUUUUCAUCAAAAUUUUCCACUGGCUUUCUCAGAAACGGGUUGAAUAUAUUGAGACGACUCCCUCCGUCUCUCGCCUCGCCCACGCUCGCAUCAUCAGCUUCAUGUUCUUGCUUCUUGCUGUCGACAUCGUCUUCCUCAAGUAUUCCAUUAUCAGGGCCAUUGGUCCUCCUUCCGUUCAUCUUCUUUUCGCGUUCGAGUAUGUGAUACUGGCGUCGUCAACGGUCGCAACAUGCUUGAAGUAUGUGCUAUACACAAUCGAUGUCGUGAUGGAGGGCCAAUGGGACAACAAGGCGGUUUAUGUCUUCUACCUGGAGCUUGUACGAGAUCUUCUGCAUCUGUUUGUGUAUCUAUUAUUCUUUCUCAUCAUAUUUGUAAAGAUUGGGCUUCCGCUCCACCUUAUCAGGGAUCUCUAUGAGACAUUCCGCAACUUCAAAGCGCGAGUGGGUGACUUCAUUCGGUACCGCCGAAUCACAUCCAACAUGGACAAGUUUCCAGAGGCCACCCAGGAAGAGCUAGGAAGAGGGGAUGCGACCUGCAUCAUUUGUCGUGAGGAAAUGUCUUCUGCGAAGAAGUUGCCAUGUGGACACUUGUUCCACAUUCUGUGUUUGAGGUCGUGGCUGGAAAGGCACAUGACUUGCCCAACAUGUCGUGCCCCCGUUCUGCCUCCGGAGAACGCGAACCAGGCAAAUGAAGCGGCAGCACGGCACAUGGCCCAGCCAGGAGUUGUGGAAGGUGUGGCACCUGGUGUCGGAGUGAUGGAUGGGCAAGGUGCACACGUCCAAGCAGGCAAUAUGGAUUACAUGGCUGGUAUGAUGGGUGCACCUGGCUCUGCUGCAGCGGCUGCAGCAGCUGCACAUGCACAAGCUUUGCAUGGCCAUUAUAUGGCCAAUGCUCGAGCUGUUGGCAGCUUGUAUCCAGCAUGGCGCAUGGCUCCUCAAAACUGGUACUGGGCAACGCCAUGGUAUGCUCCAGCACAGUAUGUCCCCCAAGUAAUGCCAGGCAUGAUCAGACCGCCAUUCCCACCAAGCACUGGGGAUGGCUCUGGCAUGGAGCAGCUGAGGAACGAUACGAGAGGAAUAACCAUGCCGAACCCCUUGGCUGGGGGAGUGGUCCCUGGUGCUGACGCCGCAUGGCCUUAUGGGCUAUGGGUUGAUCAAUGGGUGAACAGUGGUGAAAAUGAGGCUCAGAGAGAAGCAAGAAUGAAUGUGCGCAUGCAGUGGGAGCUUCAGUGGCGGCUGAUGGUCGGUGCUUUCCAAGCUCAGGCACACUUUGCAUCGAUGGGCGUGUGGCCGUGGAUGAUGCCAACUCUGGGGUUGUGGGGCUCGGGGGGGGCUGCAGCCGGCCAAGGUAGUUUUGUUCCAGCAGUGACAGGGGUUGGGAUGCCCAGCAGUGAUACUACCAGCACGGAAAGGGGAGGAGAGGGAGAUGGAGCGGGUCAGGUGGCAGCAGAAAGCAGUGAGCGAUCGUCCCAGGUGCCUGUUACCUCGGGCACGCCUUCUUCACAACCUUCGCCAUCUGUUUCAGUCACUGCCAGCAGCCCUUCUGCCUCUGGUGGAGAAGCGCAGAACAACCAGGCAAGGCCAGGCACGGGUGCAACUGAACAAGGUUCUCCUGUCACAACAUCAGAAUUGCAGAGGCAACAUGAGGAGCAGCUUCAGAUGUGGAUGGGCAAUCUGGCACGUAUGCAGUCACGUCUUCCCUUCCCAAUGAUGGGGAUGUGGCUACAGCCUGAUGCAAUGCCCAGGGGAUCACCAGCAGCGCCUAAUGGAAGUGCAUUCAGCGGGUCUGCGACAAUGCGCACCAAUCCUGCCGACAACCGUGAGGAACAACAACCAAGUGGGUCAGACGGCAGUGCGUUAGAUGGACAAAGAGGCUCCAGUGACAGGAAUAGCACGCAGAGUGGAAAAGAUCCAGCAGCCACAGACUCAGUGUCUGAUACAUCCAGAGAGAACCCACAGGCGGCCGAUGCUAGAGGGGCAAUGCAGUUUACACAGAAUACUGGCGAUGGGGUCGUAGCUGAGAAUUCAGCAGCUGAAGACAACGGGCAUGCUCGCUUGGGAACACGUGUGGCUGAAGGUCACAUUACUGACCUGAAUGGAGGGAUUGUACCUGACAAGGAGGAGGACGAUGCAACAACAGGACUGAGGCGACGUGUACGCCAAGAGGGAAUCUCUCAAAGUGAGAAAUCGAUUCCUGAUUCGGAGAUUGUGCAAUCGAUGAAUACGGUGAAGGAGUGAUUGCACGAGACUGCCAUCGAUUGUGUGUACUCUACAGAUGCAAAGCACACGAGUCUACACCAUUGUAUGGGGAACAUUCAGCAGGUCUUCCUCGAUGUUCAGUCUCGGACUGAAGAGGAUGAAACCUGGUGAGUGCAUUUGCCUCUGUCACAAAUAGUGUGCUGUUUACCUUGCAGUCUAAUCAGGUCCUUAACAUUACCCUGUGGAGGUAGUCCUUGAUUACUGGCCUUUCCAUCUAUCAGGUGAUCGUGGCAAUCUGGCUUGCCUGUGCCUGGGAGAUAGUACCAGUUUGCUUUUUGUGGUUGGCAAUGGGCGGCAUUGUGGUUCUGUGCUUUGCUGCUGUUUGUGUGUCUCAGAUUCAGAGGAAACUCAUCGACGAAGCGCCCCAGCAGGCGCGCCACAUAGACACGAGCUUGUAGGGCAGAACACAGUGGAAAGGCAUGGGUAUGUGGGGAGAAAGGCAUGUUCAUCUAACAGUGGCGGGAUGUGCCGGCAAAAGAAGGCACCUGGUUGGUUGCAGGGCUUCAAGGUAUGUUGAGCUCUCUUCUGGUUGCCUCUGAAAGGGUGUGUUGACGAAAGUGGUCGGAGAGAUUCUCCCCGGUGGAAAGGUUUUUGGAUUUGUAAAGUAUAAGAUUGAGGAGGGGGCUGAUGGAAUGAUUGACCCUCUUAAACCACCAGUACCAGUACUUGGCCCAUAUAUCGGCCGCGGGCCCUUGUCAUUCAUAUACGCGCCGCAAUUUUCGGGCCCUUCGCAGCCUAUGCUCAUGUUCAUCAACAGCCGGUGCCAGUUCAUGUUUCGGCGCGCAGGGCAUCCCCAGGGACGGAGGAGAAAAGUGCCUUGGAAGUACUGGUGGUUUAAGUGGGCUGGUCAUCAGAGAGGCGAUCGUGGUGAAAGCCAGACAAGACCCCAUUCCGAUGAAAUUGAGGGGUUGGGAACCACAGGCGGGACUGCAGAGCUCGUUGUGUGUGAUGCGGACCAAACGAUGCAUACAUCAUCACUGGUUUGUGAACAUGUAUAAUCAAAGCCAUAUUGAUUGGUCUCUGCGGCAUGGAUGGGAAUGCGUUUCGAAGUGUGAAUUAAUUUGCUGAAAUGGAGUGGCUGCUGCUGGUUUUUGUGUUGUGCCUGCCGCUUGGUUACCCGUAAGUACUUAUCAUCUGACUCUUCACGAAAGAGCCCGUCUGGUGUCUGGCAAGAGCAUAUGCACGGAUGGAAUGAUGGUGUCGUCGGGCGGCCAAAGUCGGUCGGCCUCCUCACAGCGUGUUUGCUGCUGCUGGGCACACAACCAAUACGUUGCUUGGUCGCUUUGGCACACGUCCUCGUUUUGUGAAGAAAAUGACCCUCACCCCACCCUUCUUCUCCCAAACAACGCGUGACAGAUUCCCAUCAUGCAGCUUACCCCCCUGACACCUGUCAGGUUCAUUCUUGUGGGGACCACAAUUUGUUGGCUGGGGUAAGUUUGCAACUUUGCACCAACUUUGCAGGGCAAAUGAAGAAAACCAGACUUCAUUCGCAAGGCAAAUGAAGGAAACCAGACUUUGACGGGUGCUUGAUAUGCUUUACCAGACUUCUGGAUGGCCACAAAGGGGGUGAUCCCUCUUCCGCUGACUGCCCAAGAAGAAAACCAAAGGAGUCCGCGGCUGGCCCUUGCUGCUAAUUCUUCACUUUGUCUUGGUGCCUUGCUUUGUAUGGAACUAGAACACGGGAACGCAGGCAGGUCAAUUGCGUUGGUUGCACGACUCCUCCAAGAUGGAGGUAUGGCUAUAUGGUUUAGUGCUAUAUGGACCCAGCUGAAGCUAGUUAUAAGGUCUUGACUAUUUAGAUGAUUCUCCGCUAAAUCUUCAUGGUCGGCAUGCAUGCUUGUAGCUGCGGCAAGCUUCCGGUAUAUUAUUAUUGAGGGAUGACGCACGCAGAGGGCCGCAUUUAGGUCAGCAUCAGCAUCAGCAUCAGCAUCAGCAUCUAGCAUUUUGCUGCUCCAGUGAGUGACGGUUAUAUGCUUGCACGUGGGGUAUUCUCAGCAUACGAUUGCAGCUGUGGUCUCCAAUGUCAUGGCUCUCCUAUGACACAGCAGCAAUUUCGGUCUUUGCUUGUGGCGAUGCCUGUCCUAGUAGCUCUAUAGCAAACGGAGCUCUUGGUGAAUAGGCUGCUCAAGCACAUGCCUUUCCUGGCUGCCAGUACUGUACUGAACAUGACAUGGAUCGCACGGUGAGGACAUGGAUGGGUGGGUUAGUGAAUUUUGUCGUUUUUGUAACGUGCUCCUGUUCCUGUUUAAUUCAUGGACACGCAGGAGGACGCUGCUGCUCCGGGCAUAUUGCUGUUCUUCCUUCCUAAGGCGAGGAACAGCGGUGUGCUACGUGGAAACGCAUUCGUUCUAGAUGUUUCUGUUCUUGUUCCUACUGCAAGCAACAAUGUGGCGGUACUUGGGAACGAGUCUGCCUGCUGUUCUGCGUGAGCAGCAUCUACACUGCACUGGGCAUUCGAAGGGACAGUGCCCAAGUGUCUAUGGGAACGAGCUGGUGAGCAAGCAGCUUGUUUGUGACUGCCUGGUGGACCAACUUCACCACAACUUCUCUGCCUUCUCUGAGGUGGGCGAUGCCCUAGACGUGAUAUCCUUUUUAAACCGCCCGUCCACAACUUUUCCCAGGCACCUUGUCUGGUGUGCCUGUUGACGCAGCGCAGAAAUGCUGUUUGCAUCUGCCGGAGAGAAAAGUGUGGCAGCCUGUGGCAAGUUGGUGUCUGUGACGGUUUGCAUUGUCAUUUUGGCUGGGCUGCACAUCACAUUGGGAAAAGGGGCCUCCGAUCGAUGGACUGGUGGUUUUAAGGUUGGGCCUUCCGACAUUUCGAAUCAUUGUAGCUGUGGUUGUGAAGUAUAUGUAUAGAGGAGGCGGUCAAGAAGGUACUUUCGUGCUAAGGACUGGAGUCACUGGACCGGUUGCUGUGCCAGUGCACCUUGGGGGUCGUUGCUGCGUACAGCUGGUUGUCUGAAAAGGAUCUUGCACAGUCCUGCUAACGCUACAUCACGAUGGCAGUGUAGUUCUUUUUCUACUACUAAAUCUAAUAAAGUUAUUUCGGGUGUAACACUACAUCACGAGUCGCGACCCGUCCCGACCGGAUUCGGUCCAUCUGUGAGGUGGACAGUCGUGCAGCCCGGUUCCUGGGAUCUACCAGCGGUGGCCCGGAAAAUGUGACUGGGAAAGCAGCGGCCGAGAAAAGCUACAGGCUGCAUGACCAGUCUUGACGCAAGAAAAAAAAAGGGAAAAGCAAACUACACAAACUGCCAUGAUGGCCAUCGGCGCGGCCCUCACCAACUGCACAAGUGACAACAAUCGUAGCGGUGUAUUUUUUGGUGCUCUGUGGGAAGAUCAAAUCUCAUUUCGCACGUUUGGUGAGGGCCGUGACGAGGCCCGGCGUAGAUCAUCCUUAGUUUUUUGUCAUUUAGUACUAUCCGUUUUUUGCUCUUUUGGGAAUAGUGUUUGUGGGCCUCACUGCACGGCAGCGAGAAUCAAUCUUCAUGCAGAAGCCAGAAAGAUACACCACCACAGGUUUUGUCUUUUGUGCAGUUGUGCAGUUGGUGAGUCGUGUGUCGAGGCCCCAGGCAAAUCGGACGUAUUUUGUUCUGCUCAGCGUCUUGCAUGUGGAUUUUAAACUUCAGUCCGUAUUUCAGUAGCUUAUGCGUGUGCUAACUGAGCCAGGCACGCGGGGCUUCUGUGCAGUGGCUGGGCGCUGCCCUGAAACAAAAAAUGUUAAUGCGCAUUUGUUUCUUUGCUGCAGUGUUGUCGGGAUUUCCCAUUCUGGAGUGCUGCCCAGAGAAGAAAGGGGGGCAAAGAGUGUUCGCAAUGACGACAGUGUCUUCCUUCCUUGGCCAUGCGUACGGGCAUCAGUUAAACAGCUGUUGCCGUGGCGAAGCCCCCCCUUCCCCCCGCCGCCGCUGCCUCCCUUACUCCAUCUCUCUUUGAGCGACGUGUUGUGCGGGAAGAGGCGGAGUGUUGUUCAGAAAAUGAAAUAGAUGGAUUUCU